UCUUUCCCCCAGACCAUGGGGGACGUGAGAAGGACACUUGCCUUCCCUCACUCAGUAUAUAAGGAGGUCUCUGAGUCUCCUCCAGCACAGUUGGCUCUCAAGCACUCCACGAUGGUGUCCACGACUCUCAUUGCCACCUUGGCUGUGGUUCUCUUCGGGAUGGCAGCAGCUGAUCCUGUUGCAGAUCCUGAACCAGGUCACUUCGGAGGGGGAUUCCAUAGAGGCUUUGGUAGAGGCUUCGGUGGAUUUGGUGGAUUUGGUGGACACGGAUUCGGAUAUGGAGGCUACCGUGGAAAGAGGAGCCCAGUAGCAGAACCUGAAGCCAACCCUGAGGCUCUGGCUGACCCAGAACCCGAAGCAGACCCUGGCCACUUAGGAGGAUUCCGACGUGGGUUCGGCGGAUUUGGAGGAUUCGGUGGACACGGAUUCGGUGGACACGGAUUCGGAUAUGGAGGCUACCGUGGAAAGAGGAGUCCAGUAGCAGAACCCGAACCCGAAGCUGAGCCAGGAUUCCACCGAGGAUUUGGAGGAUUUGGAAGAGGAUUUGGUGGAUUUGGAGGAUUUGGAGGAUUUGGAGGCGGUAGAUAUUAUGGGUAAAAGAAAAUGAGAAAUUCUUCCAUCCUUCAGUGUAAAUCUAAAUAAAAUAUGCAUUAUCAAAAAUACACAUAUAGAUAUUAACCUAAAAAUCAUAUCUUUUUCAUUUAAAAUAAGAUCAAAUAUAUACGAUAUCUUUUUUAUUAUAGAGAAUGAUACAUAACCUGAAGUAAAUUUUCUUAGAUUUUCUUGAAAUGACACGCAUAAUGACCAAUUUCACUUAAAACUUUGUACAAAACAGUGUAACUUGAGGUCGAGAGACCUUCAAAACUUAAAUUGGUGUAAAUCAUCUAAUCCAUUUUGUAAGCUACGUUAAAUAAAACAAAUAGUUUGAUCA